AUGUCAGCGAGACGCGGGCACUCGAUUCUAAAUAAGAAUAAAAUACAUAACCGCACGCAUAGAAUACUAGCACUUGUUCCUGUCGAGCAUGCGCCAUCCGAUACUAGUGACAAAUCCGAAAAUAACAGUGAUAACGAAUUACUGCCACCUACUCCAAGCCCUGUUUCAUCUUCUGCACCUUCCAUUAAUUCUUCUUUAGAACGCUUAGACAUCAAUAGUAGUCCCGAACCAGUACAUGCUCAAAAUGCCGAUGAACAGCCGUUAGAACCAUUAGACUUAUACCACUCAGAAGCUCUCCAAUUAACUCCAGUUUUGCAAGAAAUUUGCCCUAAUACACCAUCCAGAGAACCAAAUUAUGAUAACAUUCCAUCACUAUCUUCAAUAAUUUCUGUUCCAUCUGAGAUGCAUAUACCAACACCUAGGACUUCUUAUACUAGAAAAACUAGGGCAAAAAAGCAAAUAGCUCCAGCUGCCAAGAAAAUUUCAAAAUUUUCUCUUUCUUACAAACGGAAAAAAAAGGCAUUUUUCGUCACUGUGCUAUAA